AAACUUAAAGCUCAGACAUUUGAGUACUUCUUUGAGAGAGAGCGAGAAAGACCUGAUACUUGAAAUAAAUAUGGUGGCAGAUUGGGGGCCAGUGGUGGUUGCAGUGGCGAUGUUCAUCUUACUGUCACCAGGAUUGCUAUUCCAGCUACCAGCAAGGACUCGGGUGAUUGAGUUCGGGAACAUGUACACAAGUGGGAUUUCCAUCCUAGUUCAUGCCAUCUUAUUCUUCUGUAUAUAUACAAUCUUGAUAGUUGCAAUUGGUGUUCACAUACGAUCCGGUUGAUACUACUAGCAAUAAAGGCAGCAUUUGAGUUUUCUUCGUGGCCUCUGCUGCUCCAGCCAAUUUUUCAUCUCUUCUUGGAAAGCUUUUGCAGAAGAGGGAAUUCUUGUUUUAUCAACUUUUUCUCUAUGUUUCUUUUCUGUUGAACUAGUUUGACCUUCUGAAACACUCUGACAAAGUGGUGUCCCUUCUAUAUCAAAAUGUGUAUCAAAUGAAAGGAACAAGUUUUUGGACCACUUCAUCAUAUUCUCAGUACAUGAUGGUUCAUAAUUC